GCUUAAAUUUGCAGCUGACGGCUGCUACCUCUCUAGAGGCACCUGGAGAAGAAUCUCUCUACAUCAGACAGUGGCCAGUCUGGUACUCACAGCCACAGCCAUGAACUACGCCCUCACCCUGGACAUGGACUUGAUGAACAUGGAUGAACUGUACAGGGAAUUGGAUAACUACAAUGACAGCACAGACUCCCCCCACGUGGAAAAUCACCUCUGCUCCAUGGGAGAGGGGCCCAUAAUGACAACCUUCAAGGCUGUGUUCAUGCCCGUGGCCUACAGCCUCAUCUUCCUCCUGGGUUUGAUGGGUAACGUCCUGGUGCUGGUGAUCCUGGAGCGGCACCGGCAGACGCGCAGCUCCACCGAGACCUUCCUGUUCCACCUGGCCGUGGCUGAUCUCCUGCUGGUCUUUAUCUUGCCCUUUGCUGUGGCCGAGGGCUCAGUGGGAUGGGUUCUGGGGACCUUCCUCUGCAAAACUGUGUUUGCUCUGCACAAGAUCAACUUCUACUGCAGCAGCCUGCUCCUGGCCUGCAUCGCUGUGGACCGCUACCUGGCCAUUGUCCACGCCAUCCACGCCUACCGCCACCGCCGCCUCAUCUCCAUCCACAUCACCUGCUCAACCAUCUGGCUAUCGGGCUUCAUCUUUGCCUUACCAGAGAUUCUCUUUGCCAAGGUCAGCCAGCCCCAUCAAAAUGAUUCCCUGCAGCACUGCACUUUCUCCCAAGAAAGCCAAGCGGAAACCUAUGCCUGGUUCAUCUCCCGCUUCCUCUACCACCUUGGGGGUUUCCUGCUGCCGAUGCUGGUCAUGUGCUGGUGCUACGUGGGGGUAGUGCACAGGCUGCGCCAGGCCCAGCGGCGCCCACAGCGGCAGAAGGCAGUCAGGGUGGCCAUCCUGGUGACAAGCAUCUUCUUUCUCUGCUGGUCACCCUAUCACAUUGUCAUCUUCCUGGACACCCUGGCAAGGCUGAAAGCCGUGGGCAACAGCUGUGAGCUGAACAGCUCUCUCCCCAUGGCCAUCACCACUUGUGAGUUCCUGGGCCUGGCCCACUGCUGCCUCAACCCCAUGCUCUACACUUUCGCUGGCGUGAAGUUCCGCAGUGACCUGUCUCGGCUUCUGACCAAGCUGGGCUGUGCCGGCCCUGCCUCCCUUUGUCAGCUGUUCCCCAGUUGGCGCAGGAGCAGUCUCUCUGAGUCGGAGAAUGCCACUUCCCUCACCACCUUCUAGGUCCCAGUGCUUUCCUUGGGGCACACAGUGACGCUGGAAGCCCUUCCAACAGGAGCUGGGAUCCUAAGAGCCCACCUUGCUGGCGUCCGCGGAUGGACCAACUCCUCUUUCUAGGACAACCCUGCCGGCUCUUCUGUCAGCCCUGGGGCUAGGCUGGAGCCCAGGGAGGGGGAAGCAGCCCAAAGGCAAAGCCAAGGAUAUCUCUACCCACCUGCGUCUCCUUGGGCUGAGAGGGCUCCACACACCUUCUCUCAUCCUAACCAUCCAGAGCUCAAGAAACAACGGUUACUUCUGCCUGUAGGGAAAGUCAGGCUGCCCCCUCCCAGAAUCCACUCCAUCAUUGUGAGGGCUGCCGAACUUCACAGUUACCUCUCUCUCCUCCGACACCACCUGUGGAACAGGAGGUGGUGAGCAGGAGAAACUGAGCAGCAGGAUGAGUGGAGGUGGAGGCUGAAGGCUGGGUGUGGUGACUCAUGCCUGAGAUCUAGAGCAUGAGACCAGACUGAACAAGAGUGAGACCCCUCAGAGCGGUGCCUGUGGCUCAAAGGGAUAGGGCAUCAGCCCCACAUGCCGGAGGUGGCAGGUUCAAACCCAGCCCCUGCCAAAAAAAAAAAAAAAUUCUAAAUAAUCAAUAAAAACAUAAGCAAUUAAAAAA